AUGAAAUUGGAUCUAGAAGCAAAGCUGCCGGAUGCGGAGGAGAAGGCAAUGAAGCUGGCUUCUUUGGGCGAGGAGAAGGAACUGCCUUCUCUGGAAUAUGUUCAUUUUCUCCAACGGAAGUGCUCAUUGAACUCAUUCAAUCUCCUAGGCCACACUACUCCAGCCCAAGCAGGAUCCCUCUUGCUAGUGGGGUCAUUCAUAGAUUUCUUGCUGACAGGCAAAAGAGUGGAUCACUUCAAUUUCUCAUAUCUUGCUCUGUUUUUCCUUGUACUCUCAUGCUUUAUUGCCAUUGGUGUUAAUCUGAGCCAAUUCAUCUCCAUUGGGCGGUUUUCUAUUGUGUCCUUCCAAGUCCUGGGCCACAUGAAGAUCGUGUUUGUUCUGUCCCUCGGGUUUCUCUUCUUUGGCAAGGAGGGUCUGAAUCUUCAGGUCGUCCUUGGGAUGGUUCUCGCUGAUCUUGGAAUGAUAUGGUACGGAAAUGCAUCAGCCAAACCAGGUGGCAAAGAGCGGCGUAGCAUCCUGCUGGUGAGGUCUGAGAAGCACAAGGAGGAUUCAGAAGAAAAGGUUGGUGCGGAGAAGUAGUCUUGUUAUCUGACUGCAACUGAGAUGACUGUGGGAGUACGGGAAACAUCAACCGAGCUGCUGAUUCUUUUGAAGACUCUGGUCAGUUAUUAGCACUAUCAAAAAUAACAAAAGACCAUACACAAUUCGUGAAUGAAAGCCCCUGAGAAAUCCAAAGCAAUCAGAGUAGCACU